AUGAAAUUCUCCGUGUUUGUUCUAACAGCUAUUUCAAUGGCUGCCAUUAGUGUGCAUGGUGUGCCUAUUGAUGUACGUGGAGAGCAUGCGCAUUCAUCGAGUUCGUCGGCUGGCCCGACGUCCGUUGAGGUGCAAACGGAAAAUACCAACAAUUUGGGUCUGGGAUUGAAUAACCUUCAGCAGACAGCCGAUGGUCAGCACCCUGUUAUUCUGAGUGGUGUAGCGAAUGGGCUUGCUGGCUUCCCGCACCUGUCCAGCAAAAGUAAGAGUCAAAGUCAAGGUCAUGUCAAGACAAUCUAUCACAAUGAUAACGUUCUUGGCACUGUUCCGACGUUGGAAGAGUUUCGAAGUCAGGGUCACCAAAGAGUCAUUGAACAACUCAAAGCCGAAACGUCUCAGGGAAGUCUUUCGCCUGAGCAACUUGCUCGAGUCAGUUCCUCUUUACGUGUCCUUACCGCCUCCAAGACUGCAACUUCUACGUCGUCGUCCUCAGCCAGUAAGGCGACCAAGACAGGUCACACUUCGCAUCACGAAAAGCACAGCAAACGACCUAAGCAUUCAAACAAGAAGAAUGGUUCACAACGCUCAUAUCAUGCUAACCAUGUAAGCAAGGCGCGAUCAAGCAGGAACUCGUUUAUGCGGCAUGCCUCAAAGCACCCGAAGACGACGUUGUCGAAGCAAGCAGUGAGCCCAAUGCCAACUGUCUCAUUGCCAAGCAAGUCGUCGGCGUUACUCGCUUCGAUUUCUAGCGUUGCCCAGUCCUUACUCAAGCGCGACGAAAAUGUACAGUCGAACGUGUUUGAGGCCGUGCAAUCGAUUUCGGAUGGCAGCACAGUCGCAGAUGUCACUUCAUCGACUGCCACUGCAACGACCCGAGUGGAUACUGCUUCUGCCAAGCCAACAUCAUUGGCAUCAAAAAAGAGGAAGGGCAUGCGCCGUUGCCGCCCGCGGUCUUCAAAGAAGGUGGCUGAUAACAACAACAACAUCAAUGCUUACCAGACUGACGAUAGUGACAACAGUUCUCCUAGCUCGACUUCGAACAGCAAAUCAGGCAAGUCCGACUCCUCUUCAAGCUCUCACUCGAGCAAGCACCAUGACCCCAAGUCAACCUCGAUGUCAAGCUCUUACUCGAGCAAGCAUCACGGCCACAAGUCAAACUCGAUGUCGAGCUCUCACUCGAGCAAGCAUCACGGCCACAAGUCAAACUCGAUGUCGAGCUCUCACUCGAGCAAGCAUCACGGCCACAAGUCAAGCUCUUCCAGCUCUAGCCCAAGCAGCCACCACCACCACCAUCACCAUCACCAUCACCAUCACCAUCACCAUCAUACAAACUCGUCCUCUUCUAGCACUCCUUCAGGCCAUCACCACCACAAGACAAGCUCAUCAUCGUCGUCUCGCAGCUCGCCAAGCUCGAGCUCAAGCUCUAGCAAGAGUCACAAGAUGAGGUCUUCUUCGUCAAGCAACUCGCCAAGCUCGAGCUCGAGCUCCAGCAAGAGUCACAAGACAAGGUCGUCGUCGUCAAGCAAGUCGAGCUCGACGUCAUCAGAUCGUUCCUCCACCUCGCCAACCUCCAGCUCUAGCUCAAGGGCCAAGUCCACCACCUCCUCGUCAUCUUCAAAUGAGCAUGGUGUGACUGUGUCGCAAGGCAGCUCGGAAGAUUUGCAUGGGGCGAAGACAAUGUCUUUCUCUGAUGAUGACUCUGUCGGUCAGGAAGCCUCAGACAUUUUUGAUCAACUUCUUAACUAA